UUGGCCGCCCAGGCUAGGCUGGAAAAAGAAGCAGAGGGAGGAGUUGCUGCCGCUGCCUUGGACGCCGCCGCUGCCGCCACAGCCGCAACAGCAGCCACAGCCGCUGCGGUUACGGUGACUUAUGGGAGUGUGUGAGCUUGGAGGCUUCAUGCGUGGAUUUAUCGCUGCCGCCGUCUGCGUCGCUCUAGUUUAACCAUAGGACAGAAAAACCAGUACUGAGAUUGAACCCAAGGCUUCACACAUGCUAGGAAUGUAAAGAAGAAAUGAAAAUGGAUGCAGGUAUUGGUGUGAAUUCUGUUAUCAUCUCUAUUGAGGGAAUGACAUGUAAUUCCUGUGUUUGGACCAUUGAACAGCAGAUCGGAAAAGUGAAUGGCGUACAUCACAUUAAAGUUUCACUGGAAGAAAAAAAUGCAACCAUUAUUUAUGACUCCAAGCUUCAGACUCCAAAGACCCUACAGGAAGCUAUUGAUGACAUGGGCUUUGAUGCUAUUCUCCAUAAUCCUAGUCCUCUUCCUGUUUUAACUGAUACUGUGUUUCUGACUGUUACUACUUCAUUGGCUUUGCCAUGGGACCAUAUCCAAGGUAUAUUGCUGAAGACUAGGGGUGUGACAGACAUUAAAAUUUCCCCUCAGCAAAGAACUGUAGUAGUGACAAUAAUCCCUUCUAUAGUGAGUGCUAAUCAGAUAAUAGAGCUGGUUCCAGACCUCAGUUUAGAUAUUGGAACUCUGGAGAAAAACUCAGGAAGUUGUGAAGAUCACAGUAUGGCUCAAGCAAGUGAAGUCAUGCUGAAGAUGAAAGUGCAAGGGAUGACUUGCCAUUCAUGCACUAGUACCAUUGAAGGAAAAAUUGGGAAACUUCAAGGUGUUCAGCGAAUUAAAGUCUCCUUGGACAACCAAGAAGCUACUAUUAUUUAUCAACCUCAUCUUAUCACAGUAGAGGAAAUAAAGAAGCAGAUUGAAGCUGUGGGCUUUCCAGUAUACGUCAAACAACAGCCCAAGCACCUCAAAUUGGGAGCUAUUGAUGUAGAGCGUCUGAAAAAUAUACCAGUCAAAUCUCCAGAAGGAUCACAGCAAAGGAGUCCAUCAUAUACUAGUGAUUUAACAGCCAUUUUCAUCAUAGAUGGCAUGCACUGUAAAUCAUGUGUAUCAGAUAUUGAAAGUGCUUUAUCUACACUCCAGUGUGUAAGCAGCAUAAUAAUUUCUUUAGAGAAUAGAUCUGCCAUUGUAAAGUACCGUGCAAGUUCAACCACUCCAGAAACACUGAGAAAAGCAAUAGAGGCUGUUUCUCCAGGGAAAUAUACAGUUAGUAUUACAAGUGAAGUUGAGAAUGCCUCCAACUCUCUCUUCAGCUCAUCUCUUCAAAAGAGUCCUUUGAACAUAGUCACCCAGCCUCUGACUCAAGAAACUGUGAUAAACAUUGAUGGCAUGACUUGUAAUUCUUGUGUCCAGUCUAUUGAGGGUGUCAUAUCAAAAAAGACAGGUGUCAAAUCAAUCCAAGUGUCCCUUGAAAAUAGAAAUGGGAUUAUUGAGUAUGAUCCUUUACUGACAUCUCCAGAAACCUUGAAAGAAGCAAUAGAAGACAUGGGAUUUGAUGCUACCUUGUCAGACAUAAAUGAACCAUUGGGAGUAAUAGCUCAGCCCUCAUUGGAAAUUCCACUUUUGCCCUCGACUAAUGAAUUAAAUAAAAAGAUGACACCAGUUCAUAACAAGGAGGAACAAAAGACUUCAUCUAAGUGUUACAUACAAGUCACUGGCAUGACUUGUGCUUCUUGUGUAGCAAACAUUGAGCGGAAUUUGAGACGAGAAGAAGGAAUAUAUUCUGUACUUGUGGCACUGAUGGCUGGCAAGGCAGAAGUAAGGUAUAAUCCUACUAUUAUACAACCCCUGCUGAUCACAGAGUUCAUCCGAGAACUUGGAUUUGGUGCCACUGUGAUAGAAACUGCUGAAGAAGGGGAUGGUGUUUUGGAACUUGUUGUGAGAGGGAUGACGUGUGCCUCCUGUGUACAUAAAAUAGAGUCUACUCUCACAAAACACAGAGGCAUCUUCUACUGUUCUGUGGCUCUGGCAACCAACAAAGCACAUAUUAAAUAUGAUCCAGAAAUUAUUGGUCCCAGAGACAUUAUCCACACAAUUCAGGGCUUAGGGUUUGAAGCUUCUUUGGUCAAAAAGGAUCGGUCAGCGAGUCACCUAGACCAUAAACGAGAAAUACGACAAUGGAGAAGAUCCUUCCUUGUGAGCCUGUUUUUCUGUAUUCCUGUAAUGGGGCUGAUGAUAUAUAUGAUAGUUAUGGACCACCACCUUGCAGCUCUUCACCAUAAUCAGAAUAUGAGUAAUGAAGACAUCAUCAGUAUUCAUUCUUCUAUGUUUCUCGAGCGCCAGAUCUUGCCAGGAUUGUCCAUUAUGAAUUUGCUCUCUUUUUUAUUGUGUGUACCUGUACAGUUUUUUGGAGGCUGGCACUUCUACAUUCAAGCUUACAAAGCACUGAAGCAUAAGACGGCAAACAUGGAUGUACUGAUUGUGCUGGCAACCACCAUUGCAUUUGCCUACUCCUCAGUUAUUCUUCUAGUUGCAAUGUAUGAGAGAGCCAAAGUGAACCCUAUUACUUUCUUUGACACACCUCCUAUGCUAUUUGUGUUUAUUGCACUAGGCCGAUGGCUGGAACAUAUAGCAAAGGGCAAAACAUCAGAGGCUCUUGCAAAACUAAUUUCACUACAAGCUACAGAAGCAACUAUUGUGACUCUCAACUCUGAAAAUAUCCUCCUGAGUGAAGAACAAGUGGACGUGGAGCUUGUACAACGUGGAGAUAUCAUUAAAGUGGUUCCAGGAGGAAAAUUUCCAGUGGAUGGUCGUGUUAUUGAAGGACAUUCUUCGGUAGAUGAGUCCCUCAUCACAGGGGAGGCAAUGCCAGUGGCUAAAAAACCUGGCAGCACAGUAAUCGCUGGUUCCAUUAACCAGAAUGGAUCCAUACUUAUCCGUGCAACCCAUGUUGGAGCAGAUACAACCCUUUCUCAAAUUGUCAGACUAGUGGAGGAGGCACAAACAUCAAAGGCUCCUAUCCAGCAGUUUGCUGACAAACUCAGUGGCUACUUUGUUCCUUUUAUCGUCUUUGUUUCUAUUGCUACCCUCUUGGUAUGGAUUAUAAUUGGAUUUCUGAAUUUUGAAAUUGUGGAAACUUACUUUCCCGGUUACAAUAGAAGUAUUUCCCGAACAGAAGCGAUAAUACGCUUUGCUUUUCAAGCAUCUAUCACAGUUCUAUGUAUUGCAUGUCCCUGUUCACUGGGACUGGCCACCCCAACUGCUGUCAUGGUGGGUACAGGAGUAGGUGCUCAAAAUGGCAUACUUAUCAAAGGUGGAGAGCCGUUAGAGAUGGCUCAUAAGGUAAAAGUAGUGGUAUUUGAUAAGACUGGAACCAUUACCCAUGGAACCCCAGUAGUGAGUCAAGUAAAGGUUCUAGUGGAGAGUAACAGGAUAUCACGCAAUAAGAUCCUGGCCAUUGUGGGAACUGCUGAAAGUAACAGUGAACACCCUCUAGGAGCAGCUGUAACCAAAUACUGCAAACAGGAGCUGGACACUGAUACCUUGGGUACCUGCAUAGAUUUCCAGGUUGUACCAGGCUGUGGUAUUAGCUGUAAAGUUACCAAUAUUGAAGGCUUACUACAUAAGAACAACUGGAAGAUAGAGGAAAAUAACAUUAAAAAUGCAUCCCUGAUUCAAAUUGAUGCAAGUAAUGAACCAUCAUCAACUUCGUCUUCCAUGAUUAUUGAUGCCGAGCUCUCAAAUGCUAUUAAUACUCAGCAGUACAAAGUCCUUAUUGGUAACCGGGAAUGGAUGGUUAGAAAUGGUCUCAUAAUUAAUAAUGAUGUAGAUGAUUCCAUGACUGAACAUGAAAGAAAAGGACGGACUGCUGUAUUGGUGGCAGUUGAUGGUGAAAUGUGUGGCUUGAUAGCCAUUGCUGAUACAGUGAAGCCUGAAGCAGAAUUGGCUGUUCAUAUUCUGAAAUCUAUGGGCUUAGAAGUAGUUCUGAUGACUGGAGACAACAGUAAAACAGCUAGAUCUAUUGCUUCUCAGGUUGGUAUUACUAAGGUGUUUGCUGAAGUUCUGCCUUCCCACAAAGUUGCUAAGGUAAAGCAACUUCAAGAAGAGGGGAAGCUGGUAGCCAUGGUAGGAGAUGGCAUCAAUGACUCCCCAGCUCUGGCAAUGGCAAAUGUUGGAAUUGCCAUCGGCACAGGCACAGAUGUAGCCAUUGAAGCAGCUGACGUGGUUUUGAUAAGAAAUGAUCUUCUGGAUGUAGUGGCAGGUAUUGACUUAUCAAGAAAGACAGUGAAGAGGAUUCGGAUAAAUUUUGUCUUUGCUCUAAUUUAUAAUCUUAUUGGAAUUCCUAUAGCUGCUGGAGGUUUUAUGCCCAUUGGUUUGGUUUUGCAACCCUGGAUGGGAUCUGCAGCAAUGGCUGCUUCAUCUGUUUCUGUGGUACUUUCUUCUCUCUUUCUCAAACUUUAUAGGAAACCAACUUAUGAGAAUACUGAACUGCAUGUCCGGAGCCAGAUAGGACAGAAGAGUCCUUCAGAAAUCAGCGUUCAUGUUGGAAUAGAUGACACCUCAAGAAAUUCUCCUAAACUGAGUUUGCUGGACCGGAUUGUGAAUUAUAGCAGAGCCUCCAUAAACUCUCUACUGUCUGAUAAACGUUCCCUAAAUAGUAUUGUUACUAGUGAACCUGACAAGCACUCACUUCUGGUGGGAGACUUCAGGGAAGAUGAUGACACCACAUUAUAAAAGGCCACAGAAAAUGCUGCUAUUGAAAUUGUUAUGCACUGACAUGCAUUCAUGAUGUCACCUUAGCUUUUCAAAAUAUUGUGGAAGGAUUUUGUGCUGAUAUCAUGCUCUUAUAUGAGUGAUUCUAUUUGAGUUGCCUUUGUCUAAUGGCAAAAUAUCUUUUUCAGGGCAUGAGCUCUGAACUUAGCUUUAUUGAAAAUGAAUUUUUAACAGUUUUUUGUUUUUAUUUGUGACAGAUAAGAUAGGGCAGCCAGGUUUACAUUAAACCCUACAAUUAGAGAUUGCUGAUUUGCUGCUAAGGUGAUAGUUUUUUAUUUGACCAAAAAAAAAACCCCAAGAAGAAACAAUUAAAAUUUUUAAGAUUUGAAAGCAUGACCUCGAGGACAUUUUUGAGCCUGCCCACUGGGGAACAAUGACUUUCAAAGAACUAUAUAGAGUACCCAGUUUAGAAGGUAAACAGUUGAAACUUCAAAAAACAGAUGUGCCUUAUUUAUUGUAGUCUUUCUUUCCCCUUCUCCUUGCAUCCUUAUCCUUGUAGUUGCUUUCUUAGUUGUUCCAAGAUGUCUUUUGUUAUCUUCCUUUAAGUGAGCCAAGUUAAGUGGUUUUUCAUUGAUACAAAAAGUGACAACUUUUCCAAUACCUUGUUUUUUUUUUUAAUUUUGUAGCUCAAAAGACCUUAAGGUUUUGUAGGCUUCCCUGCCUCUCAUCUUGCCAUUGUGGUAAAAAUAUAUUAAAUUCUUCCUUCAAACUUCCUAGCUCUGUACUAACUUUCAAUUAACUCUUGCUGUAAGUUGUUCUUAGCGUAAUCUGUCCAUCAGUCUUAGUCCAGAAACUUAACAUUUUUGAGCCUCUUCCACUCAAAUGAUUUUGAGAUUAACACUAUUGUAUUAAACAUAUUCAGUUCAUAUAAAAUUACCUGGAUUAACUAAAUUCAUCUUUUUUGAUACAGUACAAUCAUGUGGCUGGUAUAUAUAAUUUAAUAGAUUUAUAUUAUCUUUUAAUGUUUCAGAUAACCUGUCAAAAUGACAAAAAUAAUGCUAAGCCAGGUGUGGUGGUGUACAGCUGUAAUCCUAGCACUUGGGAAGCUGAGGCAGAAGGACUGCCAUGAGUUUGAGGCCUACAUAGUCAAUUCAAGGCUUUCCCGAACUACAUAGUGAGACCCUGUCUCAACCAAGUGGGGGGGGGCAUUACAUAAAGCUGUUUUUACCAAAAAUUACAGUAAAUUUUAAUAUAAAAAUUAGAAUUGUCCUAGGUUAUGAUACCUUUUAUCCAAAUAUAUGCUUCUGUUUAAAACAUUUGCACUUGCCUAUUUAGUAUGGUUGGCAAAUCUAGGGACUUAUUCUCACUGCCAUACGGAUUUAGAAAUUCCCCCAUGAGGGCCUGGGAAAUAAAACACUGGUCAGAGAUCUGGUAAUUGUAUGACUGUUUAAAUUUGCUUUUUAACUGCAAAAUGGAUUUCAUAUAUAGAAUGUGAAAAUGAAGAUUUCUGACAUUUUAUUCCUAUUGCCAUACAUUAAACUGCUAGCACAAAUGUCUAACACACAGGAUUUGUGCUCAGUAAAUGUUAGGUCUUUUCUUCUUUUGAGGUCAGUACUAAAUAUAAAAAAUCAAUUUUAGAAAGUAGAGUCUAAAAUCAGGUAAGUGUAGGGAAGAAGUUCUUCCUCUUCUACCCCUUUUCUCUUUUAUGAUUACACACAUGCAUGCAUGCCUGCACACACACACAGUUUAAAAUAUUCCAUGCUCUCUUUUCAGAUUUAGAAAAGAAAUAAUUACUGUCUCAGCUCUAUUAAAGAGAGAACUGAAACUUUUUGAAGUUACUAGUUUUCAAUAUAAUUAAAAAAAUUUAUUAGCACAUUUUAGUUAUUACUGAAUUAUGGGUUUAUUUUGACAUAUUUAUACAUGCAUAUAGCAUACUUUGACUAUAUUCAUUCUCCGCUUUACCCCUCUUCCAUUCAUUCCCUCUCUACCUGAUCCCCUUCUUCUUCUCUAAUCGUUUCCUUUCUAUUUUCAUAUCUUCAUUUUUUCCUUAAAUUUUUUUAGACUCUACAUAUGAGAAAAAACAUGUGAUGUUUGACUUUCUGAUUCUGGCUUAUUUUGUUUAACUUUUGAUGAAGAUGCUAUUGUAGAAAGGCAAAUCCAUUUAGAUUAUAUAUGUUGUUGUUUUUAUUUUUAAAUUUAUUUAGUUUUUUUUUUUUUUUUUUUGAGACAGGGUCCCAUUGUGUAGUUCAGGCUGUCCUUGAACUCACUAUUGUAGCCCAGGAUGGCCUUGAACUUGUAGCGAUUCUCCUGCCUCAGCCUCCCAAAUGCUAGGAUUACAGACAUGUGCCACCCCCCCCAGCUUAUGAAUGAGUUUGUAUGUUUAGGUUUUUUUAGACUAAUGUGUAUUCCAUCUUCCAUGCUUAUAGUUGGAGUUUUAAUAGUCAUUUCUUAUUUCAAUUCCAAUGGUCCAUCAUAACAUGACUUUUUUUUUUUUGGUACCGGGGAUCGAACUCGGGUCCUUGCACUUGAGCAGCAGGCGACGAAACCACCUAGCUAAAUCCCCGGCCCACAUGACUCAUUUUUUAUAGAAGAAACAGCUGAUAUGACAAAGUAUAAUAGAUUUUUCUCACUCUUGAGCCAGAUUGAAAAAAAGAAGCACUCCCACCCCAUUCUCAUUAUUUCUGUCAUGUUCUCUCAUUAUUUCUCUCUUGUUCCCCACCCUCCCUGUCUCUCUCUUUCUCUCAGCUGAACACAACCAAUUACUACUCCUAUUAUAUGUGUGUGUUUGAAUCAUCCCCUUGGUCCCACAUGCAUGUUGUAGCACAAUGAGAGUAGUAGCUUAUGGUCUGAAAGUAAUCAAGAAUACAAUUUCAGUUCUUACUUCAAGAACAGAAAAUAUGUUAUUUAGAAAGAGUCCUGCUUUAAAUAUCUGUAGGCACAUUUGAACUCCCUACCACAAGACUCUUGCAAAUUGAAUUCUCAUGAGCUUCAGAGAGAAGGUGUUUUCACUGGAGAAAGAUUUAUGGAGAGGAUCAAAAACAUGGCUUUUAGUUAGGAACCAGCUCUAAGUAGUUACUAGCGAAUAAAUUUUGUAAGUGUGUGCAUCUGUGUUUAUUCACAUAUACUGAGUCCACCCAAAAUGUUAUACAUACUUCAGGAAAAGAAAAACUUGUAUAAAUAUUUUAAUACUAAAUUUAUUGAGACAUCAUGAGAUUAAUACAAGUUACCUUUGGCCUCUACUAGAAGUGCUCAAAGUGGUGGCCAUCAGCUUCUAGACAUUGAUUAGUAUGGCCAACUGCUGUUUGGGUAACCUUGGUCACUAAGAUUGCUGCACAUGCAAUUUCAAUUUCUUCUCUAAGGGCCGCAGUAUAGUGGGUUUUCUGUGAUAUAUGACAUCCUCUAGGGUCCCCCAUACGAGGGUAACACCAUCUGUUGAAAAAACAUCGCACUAUUUUUCUUUUCUUGAAGUGUGUGUAUACAUUUUUUUGGCAGACUCUAUAUAUACACACAAAUAUGUACACAUAUAUACAUACUAAAGGAAACUAGAUUUAUAUUUGAAUAUCUUGAAGUUCUUCGUAUAUAUUUUCUUUAUCACUUUUCUGUAUUCACUCAGCAACUAUACCCUAGUCUGAAAGUAACAAGAACACUUUGAUAUCCAUUGUUGGUGCAGACUCAGCCAGGGAGCACCAUUCUUUACAUAUCCAAAGAUGCCUUUUGAAUUUCAAAGAUUUAGUGUUGUAGUCUAAAGAAGGAUACUUGUCAGUUAUGAAAGUAGAAAUGCUAUUUUUCCUAGUUUAGUGUGAACAUUUUAGAAUGUUAAAUUUGAUGCAUUGUGAACAAAUAAUUUCUUUUUCUUCUUUAACCUUAAAAAAAUUCUUUAUUCAGAUAUACAUAAUAUUUAAAAUGGCACUGUAGACAAGAGAUUUCCAAAAAUUUAAGCAUGCAUAUCUUUUCUAUAUACAACUUAAAGUAAAAAAUGUAUGUUUGAGAAUUUUUUUCCAUUACAUGUGCAUCCUGCUAUAAAUUGAGUUUUCUUUAUAUUUAUUUUACUCUGUUUUGUUAUUUUUCUUUAAGUGAGGCAUCUGGUUACUGGUAAUUUAAAAAAGAAUAAAGAUAUUUCCUGUAUUACUCCCUUCAGACUUUUUGUUUUAUUUUCUAUAUUUUAAAAAAUGUGUUACUUACCAAAUAUAAGGCAGAUAUAGAUUCAUGCCAAACUAUUACCUAUUUUUACACUAACUUUCUGCAAUCCUUUAACCUGAUAUGACUAACCAGAUAAAGCACAAAACAUUGUUAUUUUUCAAUCAAAUCAAUUUCUUUAAUGGCCUUGAUAAUAAAUGCCUUUUGUAGCCAAAA